AAAAAAUUUGGUCAGUGUUUUCCUGCUUUCCGCUGCUUUCUUUCUUUUUCUAUCCCUUUUUUCCUGAUCUCUAAGCUUCAAAGACAUAGUAAGACCUUCCAAUCCCCUCACUCCACACAAUGACAAACCCAGAAGAAAUUCUCUGCCUUCCCUUUCCUUUGCUUUCAAUGCUUUAAAAAGCCACCCCCACAAACAUCCUUUCCCUUUCCCAGAAUUUCUCCUUGUCUAUCUGUUCCUUAGAGAGGGAGAGAGAGUGAUCUUCCCUUUUGUCCUUCUUUUUUUGUCAGGGGGUUCAAUGAUGGAGAAUGGCUUCUCUUCUCCCAGAACCGAGGCUUUCCCUGCCGGCCUUCGAGUUCUGGUUGUUGAUGAUGAUCCUACAUGGCUCAAAAUCCUUGAGAAGAUGCUCAAGAAAUGCUCCUAUGAAGAUGAAUUAUUGAGGGGAGCUAUGAUGACUAUUAUUGGAGCUGGCAUGCUUUUGUGAUUUAGAAUCAUCAUAGAAGCUGUUCAAGACUUAAAAAAAAAAGUCUGUUUGGGAUUCUGCAGUUGAAGUCCACACUGAUGGCUGGAGAAUGGUCCUUGUGAUCCAAGUCUGAACUUCAUGUUUUUUAUUAGUAUUAAACUACCAGAAAUAAGUGACAUGUCCUAGGAGUUUGAUUUUCAAUCUCCCUCCUUGAGCUCUCUUCACUGGAUUGGAUUUCAAGAUCAAGAAAAGAAUAACUGCUUGAUAGGUAGAUGAAACUAAAUCCCAGGCUGACAUUCAUUUGGUUUUUUGUUAUAUGCCCUUUUUAGUCACCACCUGUGGCUUAGCAAGAGACGCACUCCUCAAGCUUCGCGAGAGGAAAGAUGGAUAUGACAUUGUAAUCAGCGAUGUGAACAUGCCUGACAUGGAUGGCUUCAAACUUCUAGAACACGUCGGCCUUGAGAUGGAUCUUCCCGUGAUCAUGAUGUCGGUUGAUGGAGAAACAAGUCGAGUGAUGAAAGGUGUUCAACAUGGAGCAUGCGAUUAUCUCCUGAAGCCCAUAAGAAUGAAAGAACUGAGGAACAUCUGGCAGCACGUGCUUCGCAAAAGGUUACACGAGGUAAGAGACAUCGAGAGUCUCGAAGGGAUCGAGAGCAUUCAAAUGUCAUCUAUAAAUGGUUCGGAUCAAUCGGAAGAUGCUUACUUAUUCUGUGGAGAUGAUCUCUCCUCGAUGAGGAAGAGAAAAGACGACAAAGACCUGGGGGAUACUUCCUCUAACAAAAAAGCUAGAGUAGUUUGGUCUGUUGACCUGCAUCAGAAAUUUGUCAGGGCUGUGAAUCAAAUAGGAUAUGACAAAGUUGGCCCGAAGAAAAUCCUCGACUUGAUGAAUGUGCCAUGGUUGACUAGGGAAAAUGUUGCAAGUCAUUUGCAGAAAUACCGGCUCUACUUGAGCAGACUGCAGAAGGAAAGUGAUCAGAAGCCAUCUGUUGGUGGGGUGAAGCAUUCAUCAGAUUCAGCCUGUAGCAAUUCCGCUGUAAGUUUCAGCAUCCAAAGCUCGGCCAACUUGAAGCAGAAUGAUGUUUCGAGUGCCAACUAUGGGUUUUCUGGCAAUACCGUGAACGUGGAGGGUAGUAGAAGCCAUGACAGAGACCGAAAGGGAACUGUCUCUUUAGCCCUGGCAGAACCUCAAAGAACCUUAACUGUUGACGUUCCUCAUACACGUAUGCCCAAAGGAUCAAGAAUCGAUUUUAGCCAUCCCUCUCGAUCUUCCAAAUUAGAUGGGAAGUUUUCGGCUUUGGAUUCUUCAUUCUCAACACCAUUUCCCUGGGGUGAUCAUACUGCAGAGAUUCAGCUGAAACAAGAACAGAAACCUCUGCAUUUGGACAAUGGAUUCAGGCAGCAGCCAGCAUUGCCUAGGCACCACCAACAACCUAUCAAACUCAACUGUUUAUCGUCAGCAGCAGCUGUUAGUUCCGGAGCUAUUGGGUUACCUGAGAAAGUUGAGCCCUUACAUGGGGAGUUGUGGAACAAUGUCAAGCAUAUACAAGCAGGCGAAAUAGUCAGCUCCAGCAGCGCUAUCCAGACAAUGAAUCAUACGACGACAAGUCAGCACCAAGUUGUUGAUGAGAUUCCUGCUACUACCUCUUCAACCGCCAAAAAUCAGUGUCUCGAUUUGGGCUGCAUUCCUAACUUUGAGAGCAUGCAGAGAGGGCCAAACUUGGGGUUAUUGCCUUAUCCUGUGUUGGACGAGGACUUGCAACUCUUUUUGAUCCAAGGUGGCUCGAGUCUAGGACUCCAAAACAUGGGAUUUCCGGAGUACUUAGACCCGGGUCUGGUUUAUGAAGAUCAAAUAAACUUAUUUGAUGCAACAAGGUUUGAUCGUGAGAAUAAUCUCUAUGACCCAACAGAAUGUCAGCUAAUAGAUCAAGGCUUAUUUAUAUCAUGAUGAACUUUGUCUCUGGAUGCUCUCCUUUUUGAAUGCUGACAUCAGUUGGCAUAAAAGGUUGAUGAGAGAAACCUCUAGAGGUAUAUAAUAAGCUUACUGCUCUCUAGUAGGAUUUCCUUCGACCAAUUCUAUGUUGUUAAAGCAACGCCAGAUGAAAAAUAGCAUAUUGCCAUGAUUUUUAUGUAUUAUGGUGUUUGUUCAUUCUGUGCCUUCUUUGAUGAUAUGACAAUGCUAGACAGGAAAACCAGAAGAAAUUUGAUGUAGUUCUUCUAUUUAGCAUAAUACAAUUUACUCAAUCAAAAUAGUAGUAGUCCCAAAACUCAUUUAUCUGCAGCUGAUAUCCAAAUAUAAGUAACUUUCAAUCUGGUGCUGUAUAAUUGAAGUACCU